AUGGCCACUUUUUCCCGCCAGAACUUAUUUAACCUAGCUAGGGCUCAUGAAGCAUGGCGGCAGUGAAAAUCCGGAGCAGCAGGCGAUCCAGCAAGAAAGCGCUCGUCUCCGCAAUGCCGCGAUCUCCCGCGGCAUUCUCGGCCGCUCUGCGGCAUCGCCGCCGCAGCUGUUGCUCCCGUCCAAAGAGCUUUUGAAGUGCGAUGGCAAAGACAUUGUGAAGAAGGGGACCAGGAAGAGCAAGUUCUUGUUCUCGUUUCCCGGGCUUGUAGCUCCUGUCGCUGGUGGGAAAUUUGGGGAUCUUGCUCAUCUAGACACGAAGAAUCCCAUCCUUUAUGUCGAUUUUCCAAAGGGGCGCAUCAAGCUUUUCGGUACCAUUGUCUAUCCCAAGAACAAGUAUCUUACCUUGCAGCUAACGAAGGGAUCAAAAAGUGUUAUUUGCGACGAUGUGAUAGAAUCACUGGUGGUUUUCUCCGAGUCCUGGUGGAUUGGAACGAAAGAAGAAAAUCCCGAAGAGAAAAAACUAGACAUGCCGAAAGAUCUUUGCGAGGAGAAGCACACGAACUAUAGCUUCACGGCUGGUGCUGGAUCCGAUUCUAAAACAACCACACAAGCGCAAAAGCUAGCAGCUAGUGUCAGCACUUGUACCUUAAAGCAGAGCACUUUAACGGGCUUCCAGUCGCCUAGCUUGCCUGAAGAACCGAUUCGUCAAUCUGUGCGUACUUCUGGCCAGAAACGAAGCUAUUCGGAAAUUGAUAUCUCUGACGAUGAGAUCGACGAAGCUGACACACCGAAAGCGGCCAGCACUUCAAAGUUUGAAGCCUGUCCAGAGAGGAAAGCUGGGAAAAAGGCCACGAUUCUAGACUUUAUGGUACGCAAGCCAGCGCUGUAGAGACAAUUCACACUUUGGAAAACAAGAACCAAGGCACUACACUCUUAGCGUCCCAAACUAAACUCCCAACUUGGAAGAUUGAUUUGGAAUAGCUGGUUUUAUUCAGUGAUAGCAGCAUACAGUGGUGCCAGCUAUGUUACUUGCCAGGUUAAAGAGACCAUACUUGCAACGACCAAGAAGGCAUUUUAUGAAUAAGGAGCUUCGAUUCACGCAAAUCGCCAUUCUUUGUCUUGCAUUUUGCUGUGAGACUGAUAUAUCAAUUUCAAGCUUCGCAUGAAAGUAGCCA